CAAGUUAGCGUUCGACAUAGCAGCAUAAUUUUGGGAACAUGUUUACACCACAGGGGAAGAGGCCUGCAGAUUUAGGGACAGGAGGUUGGUCCAAUGGAUCGGGUAGUAGCGAAUCAGAUAGGAAAAGGAAGAGGAAGAGCCGAUGGGCAACAGAUACAGAAGUAGACAAGACCGUAAUUCCAGGCAUGCCAACAGUAAUUCCAACUGGUAUGAGCACCAGCCAAGAAAAACAGUAUCUUUUGCACCUCCAAAUUGAAGAGAUUAGUCGCAGGCUGCGGACAGGGGACCUGGGGAUACCACCCAAUCCAGAAGACAGGUCUCCAUCACCUGAGCCAAUCUAUAACAAUGAGGGAAAGAGGUUAAACACUCGUGAGUACAGAACCAGAAAAAAACUGGAGGAAGAACGUCACAAGUUUGUUCAGGAAGCUAUGGACCUCAAUGAUGAAUACAAACCUCCUGCGGAUUACAAGCCACCAGUGAUAAGAGUCAAUGAUAAAGUCAUGAUACCCCAGGAAGAGAAUCCAGAGAUUAACUUUGUCGGUCUUCUGAUAGGACCUCGAGGAAAUACUCUUAAGAAUCUCGAAAAAGAGACAGGAGCCAAGAUUAUUAUUCGAGGAAAGGGGUCUGUGAAGGAGGGAAAGAUCGGGCGUAAAGAUGGACAACCUCUUCCUGGAGAGGAUGAACCUUUACAUGCUUAUGUCACUGCAAACAAUCCAGAAAAUGUGAAAAAGGCUGUUGAAAAGAUAAAGGAGAUCAUCACCCAAGGUAUAGAGGUUCCAGAAGGACAGAAUGAUCUCCGACGCCAACAGCUACGUGAAUUAGCUCUACUCAAUGGCACGCUCAGGGAAAAUGAUGGCUUGGCGAAACUUAAGCAGUUGCAGCAAGCCCAAACAAUUAUCACAAACACAAUCAUCUGUUCUGUGUGUGGUGGCACUGGUCAUAUAGCUCAGGAUUGUAAGGCAAAACGACCUGGUGACACACUAAGAAUGACAACACCCACUCCUGCCAUCACUCAGGUAGACAAGGCAAAGAUGGACAGUGAGUACAUGUCCUUGAUGGCAGAACUUGGAGAAGGACCGCCCCCAUCACAACAGAAGCCCACCCCUCCACAGCCACCUCAACCUUUCCGGCACCAGUUGAACCACCCUCCUCCAAACCCAAUGGGAGUAAAUCCUCCAUGGCAGCAGAACACAAUGCCAAGACCUGGUCCACCCCCUAUGAUGAGAAUGAACCAGCCUGUGUCACAGCAGAACCAGCAGCCAGUCCAGCAACAACAGCAGCAGCAGUUCAUGCAUCGGCAGCCCCCAGCUGGGAUGGGUAUUUCCAUGGGGUCCAUGCCUCCUACGCAAAUGCCACCAGGGCAAAUGCCAGCACCUGUUGGUCCUCCACCCCCAUCACAAUUUAAUUCUUCUGCAGGACCAGUGCCACCACCAUGGCAGCAGUCUGUUACUGCAGCACCUACACCAAGCAGUUCCAACACAACAGCAGUAAUGGGAGUUCCUCCUCCACUGCUAUCAGCCCCUCCACCUCCGCCUCCAAGCAGUCAACCCCCAACUUCUAUCUCCUGGAUGCAGCCACCACAGAAUACAGGAGUGCCUCCACCCCCUCCUGCAACAUCUGCAGGAACGCCAUCCCCCUGGGCUACAACAGCACCUCCUCCACCUCCCUCACAGCUAGCGCCCUGGCAGCAGCAGGGAGGCCAUGCACCCAACCCGGUGGCCCCACCUCCUCCUCCACCUAGUCAACCAGGAGGAUACAACCCUUUACCGCCUCCUCCUCCUCCAGGAGGAUUUGACAUGAACAAUUUGGGAGGAUUAAACCAAAUGUUGGUAUCUCCCCCACCUCCACCACCAAACUGAUUCUUAAGUAUUCCAGGAUAUUAACCAUCAUAGGAACAUUUGUGUUGCAAUGUGUGUGUCAUUUAGUUCUAGAAAGACCAGAUUUCCGAUGGCUCUACGGUGUGAAAUAAGUCAUUUUACACCCGAGAGUAUGCAUCAACAUAAGUAUUACUCCUAGGAUUUUGGACACUAGCCAGAAUUACUGCUAAUCCUAUGGCUCAGAUUUUUUAUUUUUAUUUUUUCAAGGAGUUUUACAUUAAACAAGUAGGAUGUGUACAAAGGAUGAAUCUAUUUGUAUUCAUGGUAUACAAUUUAUAUGGGAAAUGGUAGAAUUGAUAUUUACUCUGCAUAAGUGACAUUUACAGAGGACCAAAUAUCUGCAGUCCUUGUUUACAGCUGGAUAAAGAUAUCCCUACGUGGCAACCUUGAUUUAAAAAAUCGGCAUUGAGAAUUCCGCAAUAUUUGAAUGCAUAAUGGAGUAAAUGAUCCUACCAAAUAUUUUGGAAUUAUCAUUAAAAAACAUAUCGAGAUAACAAUCCUCGUUUUAGUACGAGUAGAUGCCUAGUGAAGACUACUUGUUUUUCCUGAUACAGUGAAUUUUUUGUUAGCUAGGGUCAAAGUUGCUGAAAAUAAGACCAUGGCCUUUUUUAGAUAAGGUAACAAAAUCUCUGAACAGGGACAGGGAUAAGGAAUUGGAAUAUCUGAGCCAAGAGUGGAAAUGAAAUGUCAAGAUAUUUUUGUUGCAACAUUUUUUUUUCUAAAGAAAACAAUUUUUGAAAGGUAUUUAGGUAUGAUGACAGGAAUCCACUGAUUCAUAAAUGUGAUAAACUUUCCUGCAUGCUUGGUAAUAUACAUUUCUUUUUCUUAAAAUCAGUAAUCACAUUUAUUGAUUGUUACCUAUAUCUUAUAAAAACUGUGAAAUAAAAAGAUGUUCAGACACCAAACAAUUGCUUUUAAUCAGAAAAAAAAACCUUUUAUACGCCCUGUCUAACAAGUUCACAAUGCAAAUGCUUUUAAAAUAUAACGAACAGUGAGAAAGUAAAAAAGAUGGACAUAUUGUCUUGUUGUAUAUAGAAAUUAACAUAGAUGUCUGUUGGCUUAUUAAGAAGUCAAUAUGUUAAUUGAAUGCUAUAUUAACAUUCUUUAAUUGUAAAGAACAUUUUAAGCUUUAAAUAUUUUCAUUGGCUAUCAUUUCACCAUAUGUAUUAUAUUUUCAUUUUCAUAUCAAAUUGCAUUUUAAAAUUAUUUUGAUUAUAUUGGUAUUAACAUUCUCAUAGUUGACACAGGAGACAUUCAUAUGUAAAUAUUAUACCAUAAACAGGUUUUAUGGUUUCUUCAGCUGAAAAAAGCGUUUGCACAUUAUUUAUACGUAACAUUCACUGAUUUGAAUACCAGAAAUAAAGAACAUGGAAUAGAAUUUA